AGAACCAUAAUAAGGGAAUUCAUACUGUUGGGGUUGACAGACAACCAUCAAUUAGAAGUUGGCCUUUUUCUCCUCCUGCUUGGGAUUUAUCUUUUGACAUUAAUUGGAGACAUGCUGAUUAUUAUUAUCACACUGCUGAAUGCCCAACUCUAUACCCCAAUGUAUUUCUUCCUCCAACAUCUGGCAUUGGUGGCUAUUGGGUAUACAAGUAACAUCAUUCCCAAAGCACUGGCCAACAUAGCCACUGGCAGUAAGAGCAUCUCUUUCGUUGGCUGUUUCAUACAGAGUUUUCUUUAUUUUGUCCUUGGGACCACUGAGUUCCUUCUACUGGCCGCAAUGUCUGUUGACCGAUACGUAGCAAUCUGUAACCCUCUUCACUACUCAACCAUCAUGAACGGACGAAUCUGCUCAUUACUGGUACUUUCUUGCUGGGCUGGGGGGUUAUCACUAAUCCUAGUUCCCUCCAUUGUUUUAUUUCAGAUGCCAUUUUGUGGUCCUAACAUCAUCAAUCAUUUCUUUUGUGACUCUGGACCACUAAUCAAACUAGCAUGUGUUGACACCAGGCUCCUAGAACUGAUUGAUUUUGUGAUUGCCAUACUCUCUCUGCUUGGGACCUUAAGUGUUAACAUUGUGUCUUAUGUCAAAAUCAUUUCCACAAUUCUAAAAAUCCCAUCAACUACAGGGAAGAAGAAGACCUUCUCCACCUGCGCUUCUCACAUGACUGUGGUCUCCAUCACUUACAGCAGUUGU